AUCGGCGAAGGUGCGCGAGACUGUGGAAGCGCACGGAGAGCCAGCAGGUGGUGCGUAGAAUUGCGGAAAUGCUCGCAAGAUGUUAAUUUGAGAAUGCUGCAGUGCUUGUGCCUUGCUAUGGGCGAGGCAGGCGGUGCCAAGUUUAAUACUAGCUCCCACAGUUUCCCCGCGAGAGACCUGACGCCGGCUCGUGUUCUCACACGUUCGCCCCGUUGUUGUUGCGUGGAAACACGCCCCGCGUGACCGCCGCGUCGUCGAGCGUGUUUUAGAUGGGCUGUGGCGGAGCGACGGGCCGCGGCCAUGGGGAGCACGCUGAGCGAGCCGUGCAUCUACGACAAGCUGUCGGAGAGUAUCGACAUCCUGCGUCAGUCGGGCUACCGCUACGGCAUGUCGGAGCGGGAGAUCGAGAAGUUCAUCAAGCAGGUGCUGGAGACGAACGAGCCGCGCAGGGAACCCGCGCAGUUCCCUCUCCUGCGGGCCGCCGUUAAGUUUGUAGUUGCUGUAGGCUUCCUGCUGCUGGCAGUAUUGGCCUUCACCUACCCUCAACACCCAGCUCAGCUGGAUUGGGCCAUCACUGGGGGUCACAACUGGUCAUCCCCCCUUAGCCACGUGCGCCUGCUCUCACUGCCCAUUGCGAAGAAGUACAACCUACAAGGGUUCCACCAGUGGUGGAGUACAGGGGUACUCUACACAGGACUGGUCAAUUGCUCCUGCUGUGCCACUGUGUCUUCAGUCCUGGAAGUGGCACAGUCUCUGGUUGACCCCUCAGCACUGCGCAGGGGAGCACAGCCUGUCCUCCUGAAGGGUGGGGAGGCCCUGUGCCUGCGGUACAAGCAGUUGGAGCAGCUCUACUUGGCACACCCAGAGGCUUUCAGUAUCCUGCCUGGGCAUUCUGAGGAUCUGGAGAUGCUCACCAGGCGAUUCCCACAAGAACCAGCCAAUUUCACCAUGUUCUGGAGGUCUGCACUAAGCAGUAAAGAGAAAGUGCUGCACCGGCUCUUCCCUGGUGCUCAACUCUGUCCCCUGUUGGACCACACAAAAACUACGAUACGGAGCUGCAUGGUCUCCCACAGCACAGGUUCCCAGAGCAGGGGCCUGCGGAUGCAAGGCUGGCUGCUAGUGGGCGAGGGCUUGCCUUCAGCUCGAGUUCUGCCUGUUUCACACUGUCAGAAGCACUGCAGCUCCUUCAACCUGUGGCUGGGCCCUGGGGAUAUAGUGUAUGCUGACCCCCGAUACUGGGAGAUGGAGCUAUUUCCUGGGAGGGGGGCAAACAUUGUCUGCGAUGGUUCUGCCCUUUGAGCACUGAAGUUGAAUGGGAAGAGGGUAGAAACCAGGAUCCACAGCUGUUCCCCAGGAGUUUGUUCCCAUUGCAUGAGCUGGCUCCACCAUCUGGAAAGCUGCAAAGGAAGAAGAGGAAAUUGCACAUGGCCGUGGAGUUUGGAGCAGUCCAGACUCCCAGCUGUUUUCCUCUAGUAGAUGAGCAGCACGUUGAAGCAACACUCAGCCAGGCGGUUUUGUUGUCUGUUCAACUGUAUCCGAAAGAUGGGCAUAAGGGCACACCUCGAGUCCAGAGCGUGGGGAUGGACAUAGGACAGCGAUGCUGUUCCAACUUUGACCCAGCUCCUUACUGUAUCAGAGCAUAAGUGUGUUUUGUCAGGGCAUGGGUCAUACACAAACAAAACAUCAGUUGUAAAUGCCUACUACAGUUUCAAUCAUAGCAGUCUAAUUCAUACAGUUAUGCCUGAACUGAGAUACACUCAUACUGUGUUGCAGCAAUGAUGAAAACAGUUUUGUAACAGCUCUUCUGUUUACUAAGUCUUAUUCGGGAAUGUUAAAAUUUGAAACAGGUGGAAUAUGAAAGUGAUUUGUAAUCAUGUACUUAAUUUUCUUGUGCUUAAGUUUAUUGACCUCAAAAAAAAGCAAUGCUUUGGGAAAGCUGACUUUUUAUUUGCUAACUGAGGAAGCUGCUUCAGUAGAAGUGCCAUCCUAAAUGAUAUCCGGUAGUCUGUGUUGGUGCCACGCCUUUAAUACAGCUGACAAAAUGCCAUUCUUUGUCUCUACUCACCGCUGCGGUCCUUGUUUUAUGUUUUUGCCUAUGCAUACUGCCUGUGAAUGCACUUUAAUAAUUGGCUUGUGAUGAUGUCUCAAUAUUUAACAAGUCUUCAUCCAAAAUUGAUCUCUUUGACCUACUUAGGAAUUUAGGUCAACACUGUUUCUUGCCCAACAGCUUUGUUUAGAUUCUUUUAUUGAUGGGGUGUUUAAACUCCACUUGGGUGGUCUUAAUUUAUUGGUUUAGGGUUUUCUGUUUUUGGGAAAGUUUCUGUAUUCAGUUGUUUUACUCAUGUUGUCAAGUAUCAGUUAUAUUUAGUGAAAUGUUUUAUGCAUGAAUACAAAUCAAACUUUUGGCAGGAAUUUAAUUCACAGUUUGCUAGUUAGUGUUUGUUUUUCUGUGAGGCAGAUCAGGGCAUAAUUUGUAAGUGUUUGAUUUAGUUGAGAAACCAGAUAAAAUCCAGUUUGUUACACUAAGGCCAAACUGAUUCCAGAAUAAAAAUAUU